AGAGAGGAAUAGUUAUCAGUAUCGUAUAGUCCCUAUACGUAUGUUUGUAAAGCUCGUUACAAGCUAGCCUAGCCAUUCUAACGACAGGCAAUACGGCAACCGGUUAAUCCCCGAAGCCGUACAAGAAUCUAUAGUUAGCUCGUAGACACAGCUGAGCGCAACGAGUUCUUUCUCUCGUUCGCUCUUCAAUGAGGUUGUUCUACACACCACACACAAUACAGAUUGUACAGAGCGCGAUGACGACGAGUGUUUUAUUAUCAUCAUUACAGUAGAAGAAAGAUUCUCAGCUCAGUAGCGGUUUACGGAAACGAAACCUGCUAGCCUUAACCCGUACAAGAUUUGUGAGGAUAGGUUUUGAUUAGAACGAUUUCCAGGUUCGUUUAGCAACGAUGGACGUCCAGAAUGGGAUCAACACACCACAUGUUCGAGUUAAGCUGGUGACAUUCGUGCACUUUGUGCUGAUAGUGUUUGCCCUUCUGGGUAACUGGCUUCCGUCGGCCUAUCUGUUCUAUAACAUUAUCUACAUGGCCGCCCUGUUCUGGUCGAUUCACUGUCGCGAGUCCAUAGAUGCAGUCCACAUAGCCGCCUUGGUGAACGCCACAAGCUUUAUGUUCGAUCUGCUGUCGAUCAUCAGCUGGUUCCCGGAUCGGCACAUCUUGUCGGCAGUGAUGGCCAUCUUCAAUAUGGCGCUACGUCCGUUCACCCUGCUGGUGCUCUACCGGGAGCUGAUGGACCGGGGAGGUUCGUUUGCAUUCGGGAUCGCCGUUGGUCAAACGGAACGGCGGCCCACCAGCUACGAGGACAUCGAUCGCCCUGUGCAGCAUCAGAGCUUUUCGCCCGGGGUCUAGAGCCGAUCGACGAAAUUGUUGUUGUUAACGACAUAAAGUUAAAAUGUUGCAGCCGCUCGAAUUAUGAUCUGAAAGUGACUAAUAUCUCGAGACUAAUCUGUUCAUGGUUGUACCCAUAACCAUGGCGGAGUAACGAUUACCACUGAUAUUUUGUAUCGAGAAAAAUAAUUUGUAAUUUAUUUGUUGAAA